GUUUAAGUUAGAUGUUCUUCAGAAGAGCGUGAUGAAAGCGCUGUAGGCUAUAUCAGGAAAGUGUUUCGCUAUCAAUAAGAAGAUGUGCCAGUGUCUCUUUUUGGUCGUUUAAACUUUUACUGGUCCAAUGUUUGGUAUAUUGUGUAUUUGCUUUGUCUUCACAGUCGCUAUGGUUGAUUUCUGUAGGCCUAUUCAGAGAUAAUGGCUGCUAAGGGUGCCAGCUUGGUGACUACUAGCUAACGUUAGCCAGCUUUCAAGCUAACAUCAUUACCAACUACAGUAGCUACUUCUGACCAUCACUAUACUUUCAGCAGGUAUUCCAUUUAAACUUUACGAGGACAUGGAUCAUCCAAGCGCUAUUUUGGACGAUUUGGAACAAUUUGUCGUUAAAGAUGCCCCACCAACAGUUUACUACAUUCCAGAUUUCAUAACAGGAAUUGAGGAGUCUCACCUAUUACAGCAGGUGUAUAAGGCAACAAAAACUAAAUGGACACAACUAUCCAACAGAAGGCUCCAGAACUGGGGUGGACUGCCUCAUCCAAAAGGAAUGCUUGGAGAAAAGCUGCCUGAUUGGCUCCAGAAGUACUGUGACAGAAUCUCUGCUCUUGGUGCAUUUGGUGGGAAGACUGCCAAUCACGUGCUGGUUAACGAAUACAACCCAGGAGAGGGGAUAAUGCCCCAUGAGGACGGGCCUCUUUACCACCCCACAGUGACAACCAUCAGCCUGGGCUCCCACACUUUGCUGGAUUUCUACAGGCCUAUCAGUUCCCAGGAGCCGGAGGAUGCUCCCCAAACUGAGGAGAGCCGCUAUCUCUUGUCUUUGCUGGUGCAGCCGCGGAGCCUCCUCAUCCUUCAGGAUGACAUGUACCAGCGCUUUCUCCACGGUAUCCAGGGAACACACCAGGACUCCAUCACUGACAAGGUGGCCAACGUCUCUGCUGCCGGAUCCAUACCUGGGGCCUUACUUACCCGAGGCACCAGGGUGUCCCUCACUGUACGCUGCGUGCCCAAAGUCGUAAGGGCCAAUGUGCUUCUAGGCAGGAAAUGACAACAAUGGCGGUGACAUUUAAGGACUCAGAGUUAAUGUACUCUGUUUUGGGGGGGGGGGGGGGGGGGGUGGACACCAGCUACAGGCUGACUUGAUUACCUCAUUAAUUAUUGCCUGGUUGUAUGAAUUAUAUUGGCAAGAAACACUUUGGAAUACAAGGCCGCAAGAUCUGAUUUACUUUAAUUUCCUUGACUAGUGGUAACCCAUUGCUGUAGUAUAUUUGAUAUACGGUUUGGGUCAAGCAAGGUGUUAUCCAAGGAUUUAUGUGGUUAAGCAAAAUAUUCUGCACAUGUAGCUUUCCUUCAGUCUUAAAUAAACAAUUCCUCUGUCUCAUGUUAGGAAUAAACAUGAAUGUCUUAAAUAGAAAUUCUGGUGAAUCGUUCUCAUUCUAAUAUUUAGCGAACCUGUCAUUAAAAUG